AACUCGGAGCCCGGCGAGCUCUGCACGAUCUGCUUCGAGCGCGCGGCGGACGCGGCCGUCUUCCCCUGCGGCCACGUGGGCCUCUGCUACCAGUGCUGCCUCGGCAUCCACGCGCGCGGCGGGCCCUGCCCCUUCUGCCGCACGAAAUUGGACCAGAUCGUCACCAUCGACCGCCGCUACCCG